CACCGCUGGGCGGCGCUGCGGCCUCGGUGUCGAGGCCGAGUUGAUGGCAGCGGGAGUCGUUCGCAGACUGUCGGGGGUGCUGCAAGGGUGGACGCGGAGCAUGUCGGCAGAGGCUCGGAAUGCGGCGUCCUCGUACAAGUUCGAGAGCCUGCGCGUGACGGGGGUGAGGGACAGCGUGCUGCACGUGGAAAUGAACAGGCCCGAGAAGAGGAACGCGAUGAACAGAACCCUUUGGAGAGAGAUGGUGGAAUGCUUCACCCAAGUAUCCCAGGACAGUGACUGCAGAGUCGUCGUGAUAUCAGGAGCUGGUCCACUGUUCACUGCAGGGAUUGACCUGAUGGACAUGGCCGGGGACUUACUGCAGUCGGAGGAGACGGACACCGCCCGAAAGGCGUGGCACUUGCGGAACAAGAUCCUCCAAUUUCAGGAGAGCUUCAGUGCGAUUGAAAAGUGCCCGAAGCCCGUCAUCGCUGCAGUUCACAGUGGCUGCAUCGGGGCAGGCGUGGAUUUGAUUACAGCCUGUGACAUCCGUCUGUGUUCACAAGAUGCCUGGUUCCAAGUGAAGGAGGUGGACAUCGGAAUGGCAGCUGAUGUGGGAACGUUGCAGCGUCUCCCCAAAGCUAUAGGAAAUGCCAGCCUGGUGAGUGAGCUCGUUUACACGGCGAGGAAGAUGAUGGCCGAUGAAGCAGUGCGCUGCGGGCUGGUGAGCCGAGUCUUCAAAGACAAGGAAGCCGUGUUGGACGGUGCCUUUGACUUGGCUUCUGAGAUCUCCAGCAAGAGCCCCUUGGCCGUGCAGGGAACUAAGCUGAACAUGAUCUACUCCCGGGAUCACUCGGUCAAGGAAGGCCUGGAUUACAUUGCCACGUGGAACAUGUCGAUGCUUCAGACUGAGGAUAUUGUGAAGUCUGCUGAAGCUGCAAUGGAGAAAAAGUCUCCCAGAGAUGUAACUUACUCCAAACUCUAAUGGAACCAAGUCUCUGAAUAUAUCCAAUUGCAUCCCCUCUCGCAUCUGAAUCCCGCACUAGAAUCUUACUACUUUGAUUAAUUUUAUUUUCAAAAAAGAACAAAUCAUUCACAAAAAAAACUAUUGUAAUUAAAUAUUAUAUUGCCUCACUCUUGUUUUGUCAAUCAGC